UAUAAAAGCUGAUUGUGAAUUUGAGUAAGGUAUCAGUUGAGCUUGCUCAGUUAAACAAGAAGCCAGUCUUCCAGUUACCUUUUUUAUAAUUUUUAAACUUUUUCCUAAGUUUUUAAUCUUUAAUAAUGAAGACCUUCAUCUGCCUUCUCGCCCUCGCCUUCACUGUAGAGGCUGGACUCCUUGGACAUGGUCAUGGACAUGGACACAUCGACGAAUAUUCAGCACAUUAUGAUGCUGGACACCAUCAUAGCGAUGUUCAUAUAGCCCAAUCACCUGCCAUUGUUAUCGAAGAGAAUGGAGUAUCGAUUGCUGCCGCUACCGCUGAUGUCCAUCAUGCCGAUGUGCAUCAUCAUGACUUGCCAGCCGCCAAGAUUGUCCAUCAUGAACCUAUUCAUCAGGUUGAACCAGUCCACCAUGUAACCAAGGUUGUGCACCAUGAACCCCAUCACUUCUUGCACUACACCAAGCCCGUUGUCGAUCAUCAUUACCAGCGUGAAGUUGCCUACACUCAUGUGCACAGUGCCCCAUUGGUGAUUGCUGAUGGUCUGCAUCAUUCUCAUGCUCAUUCCCAUCAUGCCGAUUUGUACGCCCAUGGAGGAUCCCACCUGGCCUACUACUCAUCUUUGGGCAAGCACUUGCACCACUACGCCCCCUACAGCAAGUUGAGGGUCAUCGAGAAGCAUUAUUAAAAGAUUAGAUUAGGAAGACAAAGAAUUGAAUAAAUUAAGUUUUUAAUUUUAAUUGAAA